AUGGUCGUCGUCCAAAACGAUCAGGCACUGGUCGAGCUGCCCAGCUCCCUGGUCGACCGCGCAGCGCCGCCUCACAAUCCUCUGCUGGAGCAACCAAACCCGUAUGCCAAGCUCGGCCAACCAGACUCCAUCGUGGCAGAGCCUCCUGCCAUCGAGAUCGGCAUUGAGGGAAGAGCGGCCGGCUCUGCCAAGCUGAGGCUCAUCAAUGCAUCGGGAAAGCCAGCGCGCAUGACCAUCCAUGCUCCCUCCACGCCGCACUUCAAGCUCAAGCUCCGCAAGCGUGGCCUCGUGAUGCCCGGCAUGGCAGAGGAGGUGCUCGUUCUCUUCACUGCCUCCGACUCAGAACCCCGACAUUACCACGACCAGAUUCGGGUGCAAGCCGAGACGGGAGAGCUAUUGAUCCCACUUGCGGCCUUUCCGACGGCCUCGCCCACCGACCUGGGCAUUCCGUCUCUGAUCGACCUUGGGCCUGUCACGCUCGGAUCGCACGUGAGCCACUCGGUGCCGUUGCAGUCACCAGCCAGCGUUGGGUUUGAGAUCAGCAUCCUGCGUAGAGGCUUCGUUGGGACCGAGCUCAAUGUCGAGCCACUGACCGGCACCAUAUCGGCGGGCGGAACAGCUUUCACAAUCGUCUAUUCGCCUGUGCGGCUCGCCACGGCACGCAUGCUGAUAGAGCUGCGCCUCUCGCAGCCAGGCUUCACUGCUCGACGGAUCGAGGUGGUUGGCUCUUGCGCACCGGGCCAUGUUCGCCAGGAGCACUUGCCGACGCUCUCUUCGCUCGCCUCGCUCGCGUCUGCCGGCUCGGAGCGCGGCGGAAAGCACGCCCAAGCGCUGCCACAGGUGCUCAGCUCGAGCUCAGCUUUUGAGGAUGCCCUCGAGUCGGAGCCGCCCACCCUGACGGCCUCAAUUAGAUCCGUCCUGCUUGCUCGGCCGACGCCCUCCUCCGUCGCUGCGGCAGCUGCGGUGACAGACCACCGAGGAAGGAUUGGAGGGGAUGGAGGCGGCGGAGAUUCGGUGUCUCGCGCCAUGGCAGCCUCGCGUCGCGAGACGGUGGGAAGGCGGAACAUUCCGGUCAAGUACCCGGUCGACAGCGAGAUGAUGCGAAUCCACGCGCUUAAGGAGACGCACAUCGACGGCUACAGUAUCCCCAGAGACCUCGACUGCCAGAUCCGCGUGAACGCGCUCCUCAACCGGCAGCGCGGCAAGUUGCCUGUCGCAGAGCUGCGCAGCGCCAUCACGCAGCAAAAGCUGCAGGCGGAGCGCGACAGGGAAGCAGUCGAGAAGGUGGCUGCAUCCUCUCUCGAAUCGCUACUGCAGCGCUCACUCGCCGAGAAGGCCGAGGCCGCGUUCACGCUAUUCGAGGAAGUCGACGUUGAUGGCUUGGGGCGGAUUGACGCCGCUCAGUUCUCCCUCGCGCUGCCUCUGCUUCGGGUUCCAGGGGCGUGCGAGGCGGACAUGCAUGCGCUAUUUGCGACAAUCACGGACGGCGCAGAGACGCUGGACUACGAGAAGGUGAAGAAGCCACAGCGCAGGCUGCAGCAGGCCUCGGUUCAGAUCGGCGCCUCUGCCGACGCUUCCGCCCCGGCGGGGGAGUUGGACCUGGCGCUGCAGCCGGCGGAACGGAGCCGUCAGGUCAAAGAGAUGCUCUUCCUCCGGCAGAUGACCGAUCUGGAGAACUUUGAGAAGGCGAAGGAGAUCAAGGCGCUCGUAGCCAGGGGCGCCGAGCCCUGCCCGACGGCCACCAUUGAGGCGACGCGCACCGCGCGCGAAGCCUUCUACGUGAGCGAGGAUCGGGAGAGACGGCGCCGUGGGCGCGAGCGCAGAGAGGCGGAGCUCGGCGAGAAGGGGCGCGCCACGAUCUCGGACAGCGUCGUGGCGGCGGCAAAGGGUGCACAGCCGACGUUUGACAUCUACUCGAACGACUCCUUUGCCUUGCGUGAGCAGGCACUCGCGAUCUUCAAGAAGGGAGUCCGGACGGCGCUCCUUCAAAGACGCGCCGCCGACCGGCUGCAUUGCUUCAGCGCGUCCCUUGAAGAGGCCGGUCUUUCCCUCAAGGAUUGCCGCAGCUUGGUCUCCUCACGAGCGCCCACAGCGAGAGCUGAUGCUGGUCGCUUUGGCGCACCGGUCCCCACACCAACCCUCUCGCUGUCGGGAAUCGAACCUUUCGCCUUCCCGACGGCGGACACGGUGUCGAAUCGUGAUCGCGAUGCGCCUCUCGACGUUGCCGUGUUGCCGCUCGAACCGGCGCAGACGUUCCGUCGGUUCGCAUUGCGCGUGCCACGCCGAUACAAGGAGAUGGGGUACAUGGAGCAGCUUUUCACCGCUCCCGGCGAUGCCACGCCCAGCCCUCUUGCGACGCAAGAGAUGCGGGUGGGAGCGGCGUUCGAGGCGAGCACGCCGCAGCCCACGGGGGACCGGAAGGCUUUUUAUCUGGAGCCGAUGCCGCCGUCCCUUCUCACUGUGAGACACACCUCCACUCCAGGGGCUGGAGGGGACGGCCAAGCGAGUGCGACCGCCGGGACAGAGAGCAAACUUUGGCGGAGCAAGCCACCGCCAAGGGUCUACACGCCGCCGCCGCCGCACGCAGAGACGGAUGUGGAGUUUCACCUGCGUGCAAGGCCAGUACCCGCAAAUGAGGCGUGGUUGCACGAGCCGAUUGGACUCUCCUCUAGCCGCACGCUGCUCUUGCAGGAGACCAUCAGCUCUCGCUGUUCACCGCGGAGGGGGAUGUGGGCCGAAGCGGCAGCGCCUCUCCCGAAGCUCUUGAGCGGAGCCAGCAAGCAGGAUCUCGACCACGAACUGUCCGACGACGAGUCGGACACGGAUAUUGAGCUCCAGGCGCCGACAGAGGAGCGGCUGCGGCAAAUCUUUGAGCUGCCUGAUGCCGAGGGUGAGGGGCCGGCCGAUGCAGACCCUGGCGCCACUCCCGCUGCUGAGGUGGCUCCGAGCUCAUUCGCCGCAUUGGCUGAGGCGGCCGAGGCGGUGCUCGUCAGCCCAGAACGCAUCAUGCCCGUCGACCAUGGCUCUGAGCUCGCCCGCGCGGAGGCCGCAUUGCAAGCGGACCUGGCAGCAGCCCAGAAGGCAGAACGGAGAAAGCUGGGCGAGGCGCUGGACGCCUUGAACACGCACAUCGAGGACCCUAGGUAUCAUCUCGCGUGUCGGAUCUGA